ACAUCCCCCUUUCAAGUCAGCCGGUCUUGUACCGUACAUGUAACCUCUGUGUGUGACCGCCAUCUUGUGGAUAUCUAUUCACCCUACAUGCAUGGGGGGGAAGCCCACCGUACGCUAGAGGGGGCCGUAGCACAACGUUCCCUGGUGUGUACGGUUGUGUCGUCUAGCCGUUACAUAGCCUGGUAUAUAAGUGAACCCCAGCACCCUUUCAAGCAGCUACCCCUUAGCGCGGACCAAAGUUAUCCCGGAAUAAGGACAGCACGCAUGUGCAACAAACCCGGAUGUGGAUGUUUCGUACGCGGCAGUAGCCUGGAGUCCAGCUAAGUUAUGACAAAUCAUAACGAGCUGCUGAAAAUGAAGUAAACAGUACCGGCAGAAUAAAGCGCUAGCAUUUCGAUCCACUAGAAACCGGCUGACCGGACCGUGACAUGAAUGAACCCACGUGAGGGUCACGUAAGAGUGACAGCCCCCAAAAAAACUAUCUGCUGCCGGAGAGCUGCACUCGUACUUAAGCGGCCAGAGAUCACCAGCUGACAGCUUCCCGUAACUUAAAGAGGAUGGACUUCCGCGGCCGGAGGCACGAGCGGGGAAGCAACUGGACCGACCCGGAGAUAGUGGAGCUGCUCCAGCUGUGGUCCGACGAGUCGGUCCAGAUCGAGUUGGAGAGCUCGUUGCGCAACCAGCGCGUAUUUGACCGCAUAGCCCACAUCCUGCGCGAGAAGGGCAUCUACCGCACCGGGGACCAGUGCCGGGAGAAGAUCAAGAAGAUGAAGCUGGAGUACCGCCGCAUCAAGGACAACCACAAGCUGAGGUCGUGGAAGUUCUACGACGUGAUGGACCGGGUGCUGGCCAACCGGCCGGCUAUCACCUACUCCUCCAUGGGCGGAGCGGUCAUCGCCCAACAGGUGUUUCAGGGCCACGCCGCCGGGCCUGAGGCGUACCUGCAGGGGCCUCCGGCAGCAGGUGCCUUCGGCCCCACUUCCUCGGGUGGGUUUCUGUUUGGUCAGCCCCCGAAAGCUGGCGAUCCACUGGCCAUCAAGUGCGAGGACGUUGAGGAGAGCAUGCUGAAUGCAGACGACGCUCCCCCCGAGAUGUACUACGGGUCUGGAGACGACCAGGAGGCCGACAGGCAGUCUCUCCUGGGGCCCGAGGACGUCUCGACAAAUGUCAGAAUCUCACCUUCAGGUUUUAGUGACGUGAACGUUGCUGGAUCUGCCACGGAGGCUGAUACCGCGCCGCAGGACGCGCCCGCCCGGCCCGGCAAGCCGGCCCCUCAUCCCCCGACGUCUGUCAGGCAGAGAAAGCGACGCCUAGGUGGCAAAACCACUCGGGGCCACGGGGCCGCCAGGUGCGGCAGCCAGAAGAGCCUGGAUAAAGCCAUGGCCAGCUUCAUGAAGUGGCAGCGGUCAGCGGAGGAACGCCUCCUCUCAUUGGAGGAGGCGCGGCUGGAGAGAGAGCUGCAGGCCGAGGAGCGCAGGGAACAGCGGGAGGAGAGGAGGGCGGAGCAGGAGCGGCAGCACGAGCUGCGCCUGUUCAGCAUGCUCACGCGGGCACUGGCUGCCAUGAAACAGGGCGCGGCGGCGGCGGCGAUGCCGGCGGCCGACCCGUGCUCCUCCUCCCCGGCUCGCCCGUCAGCACCGCCGGCCUCCGUCACGUCGUCGCUGUCGUCUCGGCCCCCCUCGGAGGCUCUCGCCACACCGGCGGUUCCCGCGCCGUCAUUCGCGAAGGCCUGCGAAGUGUCCCCGACUGUUUUGGCCACUCCCAGAGCCGCCUCGCCUGUCGGCCGUAGCGUGUACCUGUCCAACCGCGGCAACAGCAUCCGGCAAAAUCAAGGCAUUCUCCAGGAGAGCUUUGCCCAGUACGCGAUGGACAAAUACCACAACACAGAGAACCCCGACGGCAUAAUCAACAUGGGCACCAGUGAGAACAAGCUCUGCUAUGAUCUUCUUCAUAGACGGCUCACCAAGCCUGACAUGCUGUAUGUUGGCUCAUCCUUGUUGCAGUAUUCCGACUGGCGGGGACACACAUUCCUGAGAGGGGAGGUUGCAAAGUUCCUGACUCACUACUGCUGUUCUCCAAAACCACUGAAAGCUGACAACGUUGUGGUGAUGAAUGGCUGCAGUUCCCUCUUCUCAUGUAUUGCUGCAGUAAUUUGUGAUCCUAAAGAUGCCAUUCUCAUUCCUACUCCUUUCUACGGCGUCAUCACCGAGGAUCUACAUUUGUACAGCGAUGUCAAUCUCUUCCAUGUUCCUCUUAACUGUGAGGCCGAUGGCAAAGGCGGGCAGCCCUUCCACCUUACUGUCAGCAAACUCGAGGAAGGGCUUGAAAGGGCUAAACAAAAGGGGUUGAGUAUCCGAGCGGUCAUAUUGAUGAACCCCCACAACCCUCUGGCUGAGAUCUACACCCCCGAAGAGAUGAUUGCCUUCUUGGAGUUUGCCAAAAGAAAUGAGCUCCACGCUAUCGUUGAUGAAAUUUACAUGCUGACGGUCUUUGAAGAACCUGUUGCCUUUCACAGUGUUCUCAGGAUAGACAGCUUGCCCGACGCACAGAGGACACACGUCAUGUGGGGUCUGAGCAAGGAUUUUGCAAUGGCAGGAACCAGACUAGGCACUCUGUAUACUGAGAACACAGACCUUGUGGAGGCUAUGGCCAAGCUGGGCGCUUUCCACGGUAUCUCUGGAACCACCCAGCACCAGGUAGCACAGCUGCUCCAGGACAGAGAGUGGAUCAGCAACGAGUUUUUGCCCAGGAACCGAUGCAGACUGAAAGCUGCUCACACUUACCUGACCGGAGAGCUGCUAAGCAUGAGGAUCCCCUACCUGCACAGAGCCGCUUCGCUGUUCGUCUGGGCCGACUUCCGAGAGUACCUCAGAGAGUCCACGUUUGAGGAGGAGUUGGCCCUGUGGAGGCGUUUCCUCAGACACAAGGUGGUGUUGAGCUGCGGUCAGGCCUUCUUCUGCCCCACGCCCGGCUGGUUCCGCAUUGUCUUCGCAGACCAACCGCACCACCUUCAGCUCGGCUUGAAGCGAAUGAGGAAGGCCUUGCGAGAAAUGGAAGAGGAAAGCGCCAGCCCUUCUCCACACGUCAAAGAAGCCAGUCAGAAGGGUCACGAAUCCGUGAAAGAGGACUGUGCCGAUUCAGACAAUGCCGCGGUUGUCAAUUCAACGUCGUCACCUCAGAGCAAGUCAUCGGACCAAGAGACGGAGAAGGACGGACCCGUCCCCAACGCCGGCCCGCCGGCCGCUGACGAGUUUGUGCUGCUGGACUGCCAAGCCUCUAAGCCUGCCGACAGCCUGGCCUCUCUGAUUGGCACGCUCAGCCAACAGAUCAAUGCCUCCGAUUGGCUGGAGAAAAACACUCCAGAGCUGUCUGCCGGGGAGGACCCAGAUAUUCUUGAUGUGUUCAAGGCCCUGCUUCAAAGAGCCAGAAAGUGAGCUUAGGAUAAACUGGCACCAAUGCAGCUGCCAGGUUUCAAGAGUCGGCCCUUCGGCGUCCCUUUUUUUUCGUCCCUGCUUUAAAGGGGAAAAGCUUGAAGCAAACCCAAAAACACAGAGUCAAAGUUUGGCAGAUUAUUAGAGAGUAUAAAACAAUACCUAAGAGCAGCGUAAAAAGGAGGCCAGGAUGGAAGGACCUGACAAAGUGCUUUUCUACCUGCAUCUCAAGGCCUUCUUUUCCAUCUGCACAGGGACACGACUUUGUUCUUUUUGUAAUCCAGCUUGCUAAAAUGUAUGUUUAUUUACCGCAUGCUAAGUGAAUGCCAAAUUUAAAUCAACCAAAAUCAGUCAAGCUGUAUUCUAAGAUUUUAAUUGUAACCUGAAAAAUACACUCUAUCAUUUGUUCAGAUGCAGUAAGUAUGUACUUUCUGAAAAUGUAAUGAUCUGUGAAUAAAUAUUAUUCUUUAUUUGA